UAGUGCUGCAGGUCAAAGAACCAUUUCCAGCCUGGGCAAAAGCCCUCCUGGUUCUUCUGCUUCUCCUGGUUCUUGUUCUCAUUGUUUCCGGAGGUCUCAUAUUUCAUUUUCGUCACUAUCUAAUGUCAGAUUACAAGGUGGAGGUGGAUUCAGGGGUGGAGUCUGUCAUGCUGCCCUGCAAAACCACAGUUUCCCUGCCUAAAGAUGCUAAAGUGGAGUGGAAGGACAUGAAAGACAGGAAGGUCCACGUGUAUGUGGACGGCUCUGACCAGAAUAAAGAACAGGACCUGGUUUACAGAGAACGAACGAAGAUGAAUGAAGACCUGCUGAAAACUGGAGACCUCAGUCUGACCCUGAAACAUCCCAAAGACAGUGACACCUACAUCUGCACCGUCUACAGCAGUGAGGAAAAGAUUCUGAUGAAGAAGGAAGUGCUGCUCACUGUCAGAGUUUACAAAAUGGAGGUGGAUUCAGGGGAGGAGUCUGUCAAGCUGCCCUGCAGCGCCUUAGUUAAACUGCCUAAAGAUGCUAAGAUUGAGUGGAAGGACAAAUAUGGGAAGGUCCACGUGUAUGAGAACGGCUCUGACCAGCCUGAAGAGCAGGAACAGGAUUACAGAGACCGAACACAGAUGAAUAAAGACCUGCUGAAAAGUGGAGACCUCAGUCUGACCCUGAAAUACCCCACAGAGAGAGACACACAAGUCUACACCUGCACCGUCUACAGGAAGGGAAACAUCCUGCUGAAGAAGGAAGUGCAGCUGAAAGUCCAAGACUGUCAGGUGAUCGUGGAGGAGGGAGAGGAAUCUGUAAAGCUGCCCUUCCAAACCACAGCUGAGCUUCCUAAGGCGGCUACGGUGAAGUGGGAACGAUAUAAACCAGAAUACAUGAUGGUGCACAUGUGUCAGAGUGGAUCUGACCAGUCUGACAAACAGCACCAGGAUUACAAAGACCGAACGAAGAUGAAUGAAGACCUGCUGAAAACUGGAGACCUCAGUUUGACCCUGAAACAGACCACAGAGAGAGACAGUGGAGAAUACAGCUGUGUGGUCAUCAGUGGAGACAUCUGGAGGAAGAAAACAGUGGUGCUCACAGUCAAAGUCCCCAAACUGGAGGUGGAUUCUGGGGUGGAGUCUGUCAAGCUGCCUUUUAAAACCACAGGAAACCUGCCUGAAGACAUUAAAGUGGAGUGGAAGGAAAAAUACGGAAAGGUCCACGUGUAUGAGAACGGCUCUGACCAGCCUGAAGAACAGGAACAGGCUUACAGAGGGCGAACGAAGAUGAAUGAAGACCUGCUGAAAACUGGAGACCUCAGUCUGACCCUGAAAUACCCCACAGAGAGAGACACACAAGUCUACACCUGCACUGUCUACAGGAAGGGAAAUAUCCUGAUGAAGAAGGAAGUGCAGCUGAAAGUCAAAGUCUGUCAGGUGAUCGUGGAGAAGGGGGUGGAAUCUGUAAAGCUGCCCUUCCAAACCACAUGUAAGCUUCCUGAAAAGGGCACAGUGAAGUGGGAACGAUAUAAACCAGAAUACAUGAUGGUUCACAUGUGUCAGAGUGGAUCUGACCAGCCUGACAAACAGCACCAGGAUUACAGAGACCGAACAAGAGUGAAUGAAGACCUGCUGAGAACUGGAGACCUCAGUCUGACCCUGAAACAGCCCACAGAGAGAGACAGUGGAGAAUACAGCUGCGUGGUCAUCAGUGAGGACAUCUGGAGGAAGAAAACAGUGCUGCUCACAGUCACAGGGAGAGUUCAGGUCCAGGACCAAACAGGGGACAUCAGGAACAGAAGCAUUAUGGAGCAGUUCAAAACUAGCCAUGAGAAGAUCAACAGAAUGAUAUGA